AUGAUUAUCGACACCACCAUUGUUAAGAUAAGAAGACCCUCACCAGGACCAAACAAUCAAGAUCUCCAAAGGUCCUUCUACAGCGGCAAACACAAAUUUCAUGGCAUCAAGUUUGAAGUAGGAAUCCGACUGGAUGGCUACAUCGUUUGGGUUGGUCCUCCUCAACCAGGAAGCAAGCAUGAUUUAACCAUCUUUGACGAUGGAGAGUUGGCCAAUGAGUUACUGCCUGGUGAGAAGAUUUUGGCCGACUCAGCCUACGUCUCAAAGAACCACCCAUUCGUUACACCAAUUAAGAAACAGAGGAAUACCAGAACAGUCACCAAGUUCCUCACAGUUGAACAACGCAUCUAUAAUUUCCAGAUCUCAAGAUUGCGUAUCAAGAUUGAACACUGCUUUCCAAAGGUCAAGGCUCUCACGAUGUUUGGCUCCACCUAUAGAUCACAGCGCCACCACCUCGAUCUAUACUUCCGCGCAGCAUGUGCCCUCAUUAACUUUCAAAGCUUUGGAGUAUGUUGA